GAAGCGGCGGGUGUUCCCCUAAAACACGGCCGGAAGCAGUGGAGAGGCUGGGCGGGCCAUGGCGAAGGCCAGGGUCUCGCAACGGGGCCGGGGCCGGGGACGGCGGCGGCCCUCGACUUGGGAGAUCUCAGAUUCAGACACCGAGGGCCCCACCGGCGCGGAAGCCGACUCAGAGGCCGCCGCGAGUGCCCCGGACCCGGCAGAGAAGCGCAGGGCGGCGGCCGAGGCGCUGCGGUUGCUGCGGCCUGAGCAGGCGUUGCGGCGCCUAGUAGUGCGUGUGGACCCAGCCAUCCUAGAAGAUGCUGGUGCUGACAUCCUGAUGGAGGCCUUGGACUCCCUGGGCUGUGAGUACCACAUUGAUCCGCAGCGCCCUGCUCGGAGCCUCAGGUGGAGCAGAGUGAAGCCAGAACCUUGCUUCCACAGUGUGCCUCCUGAGGUGUGGGCUGCAGGUGAGCAGGACCUCCUGCUGCUGCUGCUGGAGCCUGAGGAGUUUCUGCAGGGUGUCCUCCAACUGACCCAGAUCUGUGGCUCAACCUGCUCGGUGCCUUGGAUACCUCCUGAGAGCCCCGCCUGCCCUCACCUGGCUGUCAUCGGGCUAGAUGCCUAUCUUUGGCGCUGGGGGAACCAGAACUCAAGGAGGGUGGGACAAAUGGGGUGUUGGGAGCUGGAGGGACAGUCACCUCUGCUCAGGUCUCGCCAGCCCGACGCCCAGGAGAUGCAGCAGCCAGAGAAUCCAGGGGUGGCCCAUGCUAAGGUGGCGGUCAGCUGGUCUGAAGUGGAAGAGGCCCUGGUGUUUCUGCAGCUCUGGGCAAACCUGGACGUGCUGCUAGUGGCCUCCUGGCAGGAGCUGAGUCAGCACGUGUGCACCUUCACCAAGGCCCUCGCCCAGCGCCCGUUCAAGCAGUUCCGGGAGUUCCAGGCAUUUUCCUUCUGCACUGCUGGGCGCUGGAUGGCAGGCGAGCGAGUGACAAGAGAUGGCACAGGGCUGCGGGGGGCCUGGUGGCGGCAGAUCAGGCAGUUCAACCGAGUCAGCCCAGCCAUGGCCGACGCUGUUGUCACUGCCUACCCCUCCCCACGCCUUCUGCAGCAGGCUUAUGUGGCCUGUGGCACGGAGCAGGAGCGCCUGGCCCUCCUGACUGACCUUCCUGUCAAGGUGGACAAGGGCAAGAGGCCCCGAAGGGUAGGGCCUGACCUUUCUCGUCGCAUCUACCUCUUCCUGACCUCCACCGAUCCUGAUCUCCUGCUGGACCUGAGCUCCUGACAUUCCUGCUAGACCUUCAGGGACUUCUCUCACCAACCAGCAGGACAACAGGCAGCCCAGCAAGGGACUGACCAGAAACCACAAGGGGUGGGGGGUGGGGGGAGGAGAGCAGCCAUCUAGCAUAAUCUGCAUUGGCCUGGAAGGGGCUCUCAGUCAAGCCUUACCCCGAGGGGCAGGCAUGGGUAGCAGGGAAGGUUCUUGGAUAACUGGGAUGAACAGAAGAGGAAAUUCCAGCAGAUGCCAGGGGGCUGAAGGGGCUGAGGUGGGGUUCACAUGCUCUGGGCCCUUUAGACACUGGCUGCAGGCCUAGUGGCUAGCUGGGACAGCCAGGAAGGGCUAGGGAGCACCCAAGUCCCUGCUGGGGACAUACACCAGUCACCUGGAGGCUUGGGUGUGGCACCUUCAGAGAAGAGAAGCAGGGAACAAGAACCAGGCCACCUCUUCCCAAGGAUAUUGAGAUGACCAAAACUACAGGAGAAAAACCAUGGACACACAUGAGCCCCAGGCCUCAAUCCAGACUCUUUUAAUUCUACUGCUGUGGAGGUGUUAGACAUAAACUCAAAGUUUAUUACGGUGGUUUCAGUCUCGGACAAGAGGAACAGCAGCUGACAA